AUGAGUUUGGCCUUUAAUGGCUUAGUGAGGAAAAUUCCUGCCAAGCUAGCCUCUUUAAAGGAGCUUGUGACGCUUUUCCUCGGUAAAAACAACCUCACGGGAAAGAUCCCACAAUGGAAACCUUUCGUCCCUCCAACGUUUCUCUGUGGAGCCAAUAAUCUGGUUGGUUCAAUUCCUUGUAACCUCUACAAUAUCUCAUCCAUCGCUGCGCUAUUUGCAGCACAGAAUCAAUUGCAUGGGAAGCUCCCAGCAAACAUAGGGCUCACUCUUCCUAACCUGCAAAUUUUGCAAAUCAGCUUGAACCAAUUUUAUGGAAGUAUUCCAGUUUCAUUGAUGAAUGCUUCUCAGCUUGAAAUAGUUGACAUCUCUUUCAACAGUUUCACAGGAGCAGUCCCAAUCAAUCUGGGAGAUUUGAAUGGAAGAAACCAAACCUCCGAAAGAAUUCCAGCAGAUAUUGGGAAUCUUGUCAAUUUGUAUCAAUUAAGCAUCGAGGAAAAUCAUUUUUCUUGCAGCAUUCCAAUUUCUCUCUGGAGGCUUCAAAAGCUUGAAGGAUUGUAUUUGCAUUCAAACAAGUUGUUGGGACAAAUCACUCCAACCACAGGUCCGUUACCCCAAGAAGUUGGCCACCUGAAAAAUAUUGGUGCAUUAGAUAUCUCAGAGAACAAAUUGUCUGGUGAAAUUCCUGUGUCAAUAGGUGAACGUUUGAAAGGUGAGGUACCAAUCAACGCAGUGUUCAGCGAUAUGACAGCAUUUUCACUCGUUGGAAAGAAAAAUCUUUGUGGAGGUAUCCCAGAACUGCAGCUACCAGCUUGCCCCAUCGAGCGAAAGAAACACAAAAACUCUCCUGUUGUCAUUAUCCUUGCAACAAUCAUCAGUUCAACUGAGCUUCUCCAAGCAACGCAGGGAUUCUCUUCAGACAAACUCAACCUUCAACAACACGGGGCUCCCAAGCAACGAUUAAAAGUUGUUGUGCUUGAUUUCAUGGUGAAUGGAAGUUUAGAAAUGUGGUUGCAUGCAAAUGAGGAUGGUAUUAGUCAGUCAAGGAAUUUAAACCUUCUUCAAAGGCUUCGAGUUGCCGUUGAUUUGUCAUCUACAUUGCAUUCUACUCAUGUUGGAGCAAACUAA